UCAAUCAAUAAAAAUACGGCAACACUUGUACGGGUUUGCAUUUGGUAUUGUCUAAUGUACAUCUGUCUCGCCAGGGCAUAGUCAGUCAGUUGGCACAAAGCCUCAACUCUCAACACCCGCCCAUUUCCAUUUCUGACAAUGAAGGGUCUGUGUAAAAAACGGAGAAUUAUACCAGUUGGAUUUUGGCUGGACAAUAUUUCGUCAUUGGAAAUUAUACUUUCCCGAGAAUAACCAAUGUCUGUUAUUCUGAUGUCUGAUGAUAGGUCUAACAAAUUAAUUAUUUAUAGCGUGAUAGUCAGACGACUUGAAUAAAUAAUACUUUCAUGUCUGGAGAAAUGUCAAGUUUGAUAUUCUCGUUUGACCUGAGCUCCAGCAAAAUCGAGGUUUCCGAGAAGUAGCAAUAAAUAGACUUGGGGUUGAAUAAUAUGAGGGGAAAGAAUACUUAAAGUUGUUCGUAUCGCAUCAUUUUCGUCUUUAAAUUACAGUAAAUUCAAUGCUUACCUAGUUUUUCAUACCAUGCGUCAAAAAUUGAUCUCUUAUGUAUGCAUUCCUAUUCCACUUUAGGAAUAUUCACUACAUUACGCGGAUAAUAUGACAAAAAGCAUUUCAAACAAUAGUAAUCAUCCGAUGUAUAUUCUUGCUCAUUUUCUACGUCAUAAAAAUCGAGGUUAAAUGAAAAGAUAAAUUUUAGAGAAUAAUCUGGGUCUUUAUUUUCGCUGCACUUGUUUACUUACGUUUCGUUUAGCACCAACUGCUCACACAAUGAUGUAUUGCAUAAUUCUGGUUCGAUUAACAGUCAGCUUUUGUCGACAAUAAAAGAUUAGGAAUAAUCGCUACUCGCUCUGAAUGAAAUGAGUCAUAUUCUAUAUUCAAGCCAAUACUUUUCAUAUGAAUCUUCAUUUGAAUUGGCCACUGCUGCACUUGCACAUUGCUUAUGAAAUUUGUUGGGAUAUUACAUCACGUAUCUUGAUCAACAAUAGCUGUAAAAUUAAGUAGCUGAAAGUACACUCACUAUAUCACAACAAGAAUAUUCAAGGGAAAUUUGAAGUCAGUAGAAGGAAAUGAGGUGAAGGAAAAUAAAUCCAUUACAGAUAGUUUUAAUAUCAUUGAGUAAAAAUAUUUGAAAAUAGUCAAAUAACCCUGGUAGAAAGGGGGAAGACGUGAACAGGACGGGAUCGAAGCACCGAAGGAUAGAGGUUGAAAAUGAAAAUUUAGAAUUUGUAUUUCAAUAUAUAUGACUUAUCGGGAAUCAGUUUUCAGAUGAGUGAAUCCUUUGUCUUUGUCGAAUUUCACAUCAAAAUCAAAACAAUUUCCCCUUUGGUCAAUCCCAUAAAUAUAGAAUGUCAAUUAUAUUUUCUCCCGUUGUAUUCUUGUUUUAGUUUGUUUUAAAUUUAUUAAUUACAUAAUACUGUACUUGUAGAAUUCAUUUGCUUAUUGAAACCAAAGUUUGUAAGCAGUUCAAGUUAAAUGUCUUGAAACUAGUUACAAGGUGCUGCUCAUCUGCAUGAUGUAAAUAGCACGGUAGAUUAGCUCAGCUAAUAUGACAGGAAAUUUCUAGAAGGCGACUCACCGAUGAUGGAGUUUAUCCGGCCGUAUGGCGACAUAAAAAAAUCGACAGGAUGAUUCCUGCUGGCUUUUAGUAUUGAGUGGUGAGAGGGUCGAGUUUCGUACAUAGGAACAAAGGAUUUUCGGUCCUGAGGGAAGUGUGCGUGAACUGCCUCCUGUAAAAAUGUCCCCGAAAAAAGGGAGAGGGUGAAUAUUUCCAGGAUUUGCUUCUUGAGAGCUUUCAAUCAUUCAAAUUAUAGUUUCGUGCAAGUCGAACAGGGAACUGAGCUUCACCACCUCUUCCCCUCCUCGAACCAUUACCCUGACCCUCUCGGCAAGCGUAGCCUAGCGUUGGCGAGAGGCAAGCGGAUCGUCACGUAGGCUCUUGGGUGGUGGCGUGGUGGGGGUAGCCUGGUGGUGGGGAGACCGGCUUGGUGUCUUUGUUUCACAGCUGGCAAGUUGCAUCAGUCGGUUUCCAGUGUUCUUGGUGUCAACUCGAUACCUAGUGCUAGGCCGUACCGGCACAUCGCAAGUGAUUCAACGAUAGUUGAAACAGUGCUAGAUUAUUCACCUUCGGGUUUCAUCGCUUUACUUAGUUUUCAAAUUAAUUGUUACAAUGGAAGUAUUACCGUGCCCAGUCAAUGUCAACUUCCCAAGCUAUGCUCGAGGUUCGACAAGGCCGAGCAGUGACGAGUGCCUCGGAGACGAUGGUAGCGCGUGCCAGUCGCUGACGAGGCGCCUGGAGGAGGAACUGCGAGCGGCCAAGACGGCGCAACUCUCCUGCGGCGAGGUGCUUCUGCCCGCAGACCUUCUUCCUAGGAUAGCUAGAGAUGUUAUUCGAAUGGCCGAAAACGAGCCUUGCGGAUUAAGAGGUUGUACGCUUUUCAUCAACUUUGGUACCGAAGAGGAGUGCCGUAGAAUAGGAACAAUCAAAUGCGACCCGAACACAGUGUCAACAUUCGAACUGUUCCUGACGCUAACACAAGACGCGAAAAGCACCUGGCACUCGAUCCUGCCUCAGUUCAUCAAGAACCUGACCAAAGGAGGCACAAUCAUGAUUAGUCCGGCAUUCGAAUUAGAAAAGAAGAAGCUCUACCGAUCGUACCUGGAUUAGAGGCUGGUGGCAGGCGGACACUCGAGACCGCACACGAGAGCCAAGACUGAUUCAGAGUGCUGCUUCGGCAGCACACUUCUACAGCGCAUUGUGAUUUACAUCUCACUUGCAAUCGUCACUUAGUCAUUCACAUUAUUCGAAUUAUAUCUAACAAAAAAAUUAUAUUGGAAUUAUGAAUAUUCAAAUUGAAAAUUUAUUAAAAUUAAUUUUAUAUACUUAUGUAGUAGAUAUGAUAUUUUAUCAAAUUUUAUUUUAAUUAUUUAGUUGUAGUUUGUAGAGUUUGAAUCUGGCCUAGAAUUGAAUUUUAUUUGCAGAAAAACCAACGUUUCGGUAUCGUACCAAUACAAAAUUAUUAUAUAAACUAUUCACCGACUAUUGAUGUUUUGCUUAUAAGUUUGGUGUUCGGGUCUUCCUUUGUUUUCACAAGUGAUAGUUUUUCUGAAAUCUUUAUUAUAAACAAGUCAGAGGGAUCACCAGAGCAAAGACCAGAAAAGUACAAUGUUGAUAUUCAGUCAUAUCACUUCACAAGGAAGGUUUGUUUUAGUGAUAAUUUAAGUAAUAAUUUGACUUGUGAUUAAUUAAUAUUAAGGACUAAUUAAUAUUUUUUGCAUUGAAAAAUUUAAUAGUAUUUUAUUAUUAUAUUCGAAUAGAUUAUAAAGUCAUAUAUUAUUAUAUAUUCGAUAAUAUGCCUGUUGAAAGGCCGAUAGCUUUCGAAAGUGUCUGAAUUGAAUAAUUGUGUAUGUAGAUCGACCUCGAAUAGAUUAGAGAAACGUGUUGUCUUUCAAAUUAAUUGGUAUGUAGGCUAGAUGGAGAAACGGGCUAGAGCAGUAUUGAGUAUCGUAUUUGUGUGUGCACUUCACCUCUGUACUUGUGAUGAUUGAAGUUGAUUUUCAAUUAACUCUACCUUUGAAUACCUCAUCAAAUUUUAUAAAGGCCUAUGAUUUUGUGUCUUUAUAUUGUGAUAUCAAAAUGAUUUCUCAGCUUCUAAGCAAAAUUUGGUUUUAUUAUGUUAUCGAUUUUCUUUUAUUGAUUUCGGUUGAAGUCAUGUUACGGCGAAAUUAAGUUCAAGUGAUUUGUUAGUGAUGGAUGCUUUAUUAAUUUUUAGUUUUUUCUAUUUCAGUAAUUGACAUAAAUUAUGAUGGUACAAAACAGUAAUAAUGUAAUUAAUAGAAGAUCCCUUUAAUUAUUCAAAUUGUAUUGAACACCAAUUUGCCAUUUUUAGUUUUUGAUUUUAAAAAUUUCAUUGCAUUGCAGACAGUGACCUUCAAUAUUAUUGUGAUCAUUAUCAUUUAAAAUUGUGAUAGAAGAGAAAUUAAAUAAAUGAUAAUAUUAUUUUGAUCUGUCGCUGUUACAUAAUAUAUUUGUUAACAACAGGUAGUAGUAUGUUUAUAACAUAGCUAUGUUAACUGGCAGUAGAGAUUGCAACUGUCCUAUCGUUUGAAAGUGUCUUGUCUAAUACUAAGUAUGUGUAGAAUUUUCCUGAUCUCAUUUAUAAUAGAGUUUGGUUGACCAUUUAAUUGGUAGCCAUUUGCCUUCAGUAUUUUGUUAAUUCAAACAGUAAUAUUAAAAGUACUGUACAAUUAUGCUAUGCUUUGGGCAAUGCCUUAUGAGUUCUUUUUUAUGUUGUCCAUCUUUGUAUUUGUUCAAAAAUUGCGCGAAUAUUCAAUUGAAUGUGUUGAAGUUUUUUUUUGUACUUUUUGUUAUGAUGAAACAACUUGAAAAGAUGAAAAAAGUUAAAAUAAAAAAAAAUAUUAAAUUUA